AUCAAGGUACUCCUGAUGGCUCUGGUGCUUACUAAUAUUACUUAUCACUUGAUUCUAAUUGUUACUGUUAUUACUGUGAAGAGGAGGAUUGUUGACCUCCAUCAGAAUACCACCACUGGAUCUACUGAUAUUACUGAUAUGUGGGAGCCAUUGGAGGAAGGCCUACUUCCGCUUGAGACAACAAGACAUGUCUCUAUGAUCACUAUAACUCUUUCAAAGAAGGAGAUGGACACAUCAUCUAUCGGAUAUCAAUCUCCUUUGCCUGCUGAUGAAGUGAAGCCUUUGGUUAAAUAUGAUAAUGAUGAAGAUGCACACUCACCUGGUGGCCGUGGAAGGGGUCGUGGUGGUCGAGGCCGUGGGCGGGGCAGGGGCAGAGGUGGACGUGGAAAUGGGUUCAAUGAGUAUGCUGAUGCUGGUUGGGAAGACGAUCACGCCCCUGCAUAUAUGGGCAAUGGAUAUGCCCGUGGAAGAGGUCGCAGUUUUAGGGGCCGUGGUAGGAGAGGCGGCUACAAUAACCAGCCUGAAUACCAAUAGGUCGGAGGUUAUUAC